AUGACAAAUUUGGAGGAUUUGAUCGGAGGUCAAGUUGCAUUGGCUCAAAAAUCUGGUACUCCGGUCAAAAACCAUAUGCUUAAGCUUAUGGGAUUCUUUAAGGAAGUGGAGAACAAUGAGGUUGAACUAGAUGUGAACACUCAAAAUAAGAUAGUGUUCAAAUCCUUAACUAAGGAAUUUCCUGGUUUUAAGGUCACUUACAACUUGGGGAAUAAGACGCUUACCUUGACUCAACUUAUGAAGGAAUUAAAAUUUUUUGAGUUGAUGUUGAAUGAUGGUAAGUUGGUUCAGGAGAAACUUGAAGCAAACUUAGUUAUGGGUCCCUCGUCCUCUAAAAGGAAGCAAAAAGCUAAGGGAAAGAAGAAACCGACUAAGUCUUCAGUUCCACCUCAUGUGGAUAGGAAGAAGACUAAGAAGUUAAAAGAUCCUAAAAAGAAUGACUGCUUUUUCUACAACAGGAAAGGGCAUUUUGGUUUGAUAAAGUAG